AUGGCUGAACACCAUCCACUUCCCGCGCUGCCUCCCCAGCACCAGCAACCGAAUCACCACUAUCACCAACAAGCUCCCGACUCAUACGACAACGAACAGUCCCAGUUUCCGCCUUAUCAGCAGCAGUACGACCAGCCACAGCCUGUUCAACCGCCUCCCAACGCCCAGGCGCAGUCCCAAUCCCACGCCCAGAAUCAACCUCCUCAUAGACGCUCCAAGUCCCGACCGAGAACCUUCAGUUUCCAGUCCAACAAAUCCCACAAGAGCUCUGGCAGUCACCCCAAGAUCGACCUCCACGAGACACCCGAAGAGAAGGAAGCAAAGAGAUUACACAGCAAAGCUGAUCCUACCGUCGCCAUGAGUGAGGCCGAACCUUCCGCCGUUCAGGCAAUGACCAAGACUUCCUUGGCUCCUUUGCGCGCCAUUCAACACAAGGACACCACCGGUGCCCCAAUCGAUACAGAGUCGGUCCAAACAUGGAACAGACGUAGCAGCUACUAUGCCACCAGUGGAGGACGCCAUCCCCAUGACAGUUACUACAACGGUCGCCCGGGCUCGUUCCGUCCCGAAAGCGGCCAGAUCGAGAUGGGAUCCAAUCGGCAAAGUCACUACGAUCAAUACCAGAAUGGCGGGGGACAUUACAAUGGCGGCAACAACAUUCCCUACCGACAGAGAGUUCCCAGGACGCAAACCGAUCCUCACAUGAAUGGCUACGCACGCGGCGAUCAGAACAUUUAUCCUCUUCCUAACAAGGACCGCUCAUACGAGACUGUUACAUCAGCCGCCGCAAGUGGAAGCUCCGGAGAGCACGCAGGCUACCAUACCGACCCCACUAGUAGCGACAACAGCUCCAUUGAGCGUGGUGGCCCGGCCCGUAGGCCUGAACCCGCCAACGAUUACGGCAUCGGUUUCAGCCAGGACCAAGGGCAUCAGGCGUCUGCUCUCAAGUUCGACAAUGGUGCGCCAAAUGGAAAAGGACAUGCCUAUCAAGCUGUGAACAACGGAGCUCAGGUACCUCAGCAACAGAGCGCGAACGUCCUUCGGAGACCAGUUGGCGCCUCCCCACCACAACAGCAGCAACAGGCGCAGCCUAGACCUGCUGAGCCGGCCAAGAGAAAGAGCUGGUUUUCUAAGCGCUUCAGCAAAUCAUCUUGA